UAAAACUCCGCAAGGAGGGAGUAAAAACAACAACUCUCUCCUCUAUUUUUCUCGUUUUGUUGCUUCAACAGCCGCACUGUCGUUCUCCUCCUCCAUCACCACCAUCUUCUAGGGUUUCUUCACGGGUUUUCCAGAAGCUUCUCGAAGCUGGAUUCUCUUUCCUUCCUUCUUCCUAUCUCCCAUCGUCGCUGGUUCACCGGUUUCAUUGAUUAAUCCAAUAUAUUUUCAAUCUCCCUUUAUUGAAAACCCUGAUUUUUAUCAGUGCGAGUUACCGUAUAAAAACGGUAGCUGUAGAGCUUUUGGUAUCUGGGUUGAUCUGGGUUAUGAGUUUCACUCCAAAAUCUGUUCGAUUAGGGCAAGGUUAGGAUAAUUUUACAGCUUUAAUUAUUGAGAUUUGAAUGGCAUUGGGGGAUUUGAUGGCGUCGAGGUUUUCUCAAUCAUCAGCAGCGUUGGAUGAGUUUGGAAAUGAGGAUGGAGAUAGGAGUAGUAAUGUUAGAGAGUCAGACACUGCUAGUAGUAGCUAUCUUGGUGGUGCUGGUACUGGGUUUGCUGCUGACAAUGCGAUGACGACGACAACAAGCAUGGCUUAUUUUCCGCAGACAAUUGUGUUAUGUGAGCUAAGGCAUGAUGGUUUUGAGGAUUGUGUUCCUUCUGGUCCGUCUGACACUGGUUUGGUCUCUAAAUGGCGGCCUAGAGACCGAAUGAAGACGGGAUGUGUUGCCCUUGUUUUGUGUUUAAACAUCAGCGUUGAUCCACCUGAUGUAAUAAAGAUCUCUCCUUGUGCCCGAAUGGAGUGUUGGGUUGAUCCAUUUUCGAUGGCACCUCAAAAAGCACUUGAGACAAUUGGGAGAACUUUGAACCAACAAUAUGAAAGGUGGCAACCUAGGGCUAAAUACAAAAUUUCCUUGGAUCCUACUGUUGAUGAAGUCAAGAAACUUUGCACAACUUGUCGAAAGUAUGCCAAGUCAGAACGAGUUCUAUUCCAUUAUAAUGGACAUGGUGUUCCUAAACCUACAGCCAAUGGUGAAAUUUGGCUAUUUAAUAAGAGCUAUACGCAGUAUAUUCCUUUGCCCAUCAGCGACCUGGAUUCCUGGUUGAAGACACCAUCGAUCUAUGUGUUUGACUGCUCCGCUGCUGGGAUGAUUGUUAAUGCCUUUAUAGAGCUCCAGGACUGGACUGCUUCUGGUUCUUCUGGAACUUCUACAAGGGAUUGUAUUCUGCUUUCAGCUUGUGAAGCACAUGAGACGCUUCCUCAGAGUGCUGAGUUUCCAGCCGAUGUAUUCACUUCCUGCCUUACGACACCCAUCAAAAUGGCAUUGAGAUGGUUUUGCACUCGUUCAUUGCUGCAUGAGUCGCUUGAUUACUCUCUGAUUGAUAGAAUUCCUGGCCGGCAAACUGAUCGGAAGACACUUCUGGGCAAACUGAAUUGGAUUUUUACUGCAGUUACUGACACAAUUGCCUGGAAUGUUCUCCCACAUGAUCUAUUUCAGAGAUUGUUCAGGCAAGAUCUGUUAGUUGCUAGUUUGUUCAGAAACUUCUUACUUGCUGAAAGAAUCAUGCGCUCUGCCAAUUGUUCACCAAUUUCAUACCCGAUGCUACCACCUACUCAUCAGCACCAUAUGUGUCUUGCCAGGUUGACCUUGUAAAGGAUGGAGGACAUACGUAUUUCAUUAGAUUUCUUGACAGUGUGGAAGCUUAUCCAGAGCAAAGGGCAAUGGCUGCAUUUGUUCUGGCAGUCAUUGUGGAUGGUCACAGACGGGGUCAGGAGGCCUGUACUGAAUCGGGUCUGAUACAUGUCUGCUUGAAGCAUCUUCAGGGAUCGACACCUAAUGAUUCCCAAACUGAACCACUUUUUCUUCAAUGGCUGUGCCUUUGUCUGGGAAAACUGUGGGAGGAUUUCACAGAGGCACAGGUACUAGGCUUGCAAGCAGAUGCACCAGCAUUAUUUGUGCCUCUGCUGUCUGAGCCCCAACCUGAGGUGCGUGCUGCAGCUAUUUUCGCUCUAGGGACUUUACUUGAUGUUGGAUUUGUCUCAGCUAGGGAUGGUGUAGGAGGGGAUGAAGACUGUGAUGAUGAGGAGAAGGUUAGGACUGAAGUCAGUAUAAUUAAGAGCCUUCUAAGUGUUGCUUCUGAUGGAAGCCCUUUGGUUCGAGCGGAGGUUGCUGUAGCUUUGGCACGUUUUGCCUUUGGGCAUAACAAGCAUCUGAAGUCAGUAGCUGCUGCAUAUUGGAAGCCUCAGUCUAAUUCCUUGCUAACUUCCUUGCCUUCUUUCGCGGUCAAGAGUUCAGGUAGUGGGUAUACAACCCCAACUCACUGUAUUCCACCUGGAAGUAGAGUUCCGUCUCCUAUUCCUCCUUCAUUGAGAGUGGGGGGUGACAGCCAGUCCAUAUCUCGGGAUGGGAGAGUUUCGACUAGCAGCCCCCUUGCAACACCCGGUGUCAUACAUGGAUCUCCUUUAUCUGAUGAUUCUUCUCAACUUUCUGAUUCCGGAAUCUUGAAUGAUGCUGUUACCAAUGGUGUUGUAAAUCAUACAAGAUCAAGGCCUCUAGACAAUGCACUCUAUUCUCAGUGUGUUCUGGCUAUGUGUGCCCUGGCAAAGGAUCCGUCACCACGUAUUGCAGGUCUUGGCCGGAGAGUCCUUUCCAUUAUCGGGAUUGAACAGGUUGUUGCCAAAUCUGUUAAGUCAGCUGGUGAAUCCACAACAGUUACAAAUGCUGGUUAUGCUGGAUUGGUUCGAUCUUCAUCUUGGUUUGAUAUGAAUGGAGGACAUUUACCUCUGACUUUUAGAACUCCUCCUGUUAGUCCCCCGCGGCCGAGUUACUUGACAGGAAUGCGAAGAGUUUGUUCUUUAGAGUUCAGGCCCCCUCACCUAAUGCACUCUCAAGACUCAGGAUUAGCUGACCCGUUGUUGGGGUCUGCUGGAUCUUCUGGAGCUUCAGAUCGCAGUUUUCUUCCCCAAUCAACCAUCUACAACUGGAGCUGUGGCCACUUCUCAAAGCCACUUCUUACUGCAGCUGAUGAUAGUGAAGAGAUGAUUGCUAGAAGGGAAGAGAAGGAAAAGAUGGCCCUUGACCUCAUUGCAAAGUGCCAACACUCUUCGGUAAGCAAACUACACAAUCAAAUUGCUAGUUGGGAUACUAAGUUUGAGACUGGCACCAAAACUGCUUUGCUGCAGCCCUUUGCACCUAUAGUUAUUGCAGCAGAUGAGAGUGAAAGAAUCAGGGUAUGGAAUUACGAGGAGGCUACCCUUCUUAACAGCUUUGAUAACCACGGUUACCCUGAUAAAGGAAUUUCAAAACUCUGCCUUGUUAAUGAGCUAGAUGAGAGUCUGCUUCUUGUUGCUUCAAGUGAUGGGAACAUCCGGAUUUGGAGAGACUAUACUGUAAGAGGCCGACAGAGACUAGUUUCUGGAUUCUCGUCCAUUCAAGGUCAGAGACUUGGUGUCCGUAGUGUGAACGCUGUUGUGGAUUGGCAGCAGCAGUCUGGAUAUCUGUUUUCAUGUGAUGAAGUUUCGUCAAUCAUGACUUGGGAUCUUGACAAAGAACAGCUUGUUAAUACUGUUCCAACAUCCUCAGAUUGCAGCAUCUCAGCAUUGUCAGCUUCUCAAGUUCACGCUGGACACUUUGCUGCUGGCUUUGUGGAUGGAUGUGUCAAACUAUUUGAUAUUCGAACGCCUGAACUGCUUGUUUGUGCAUCACGACCGCACACCCAAAGAGUAGAAAGAGUUGUGGGGAUCGGCUUUCAACCUGGACUUGAACCAGGAAAGAUCGUCAGUGCCUCUCAAGCUGGUGAUAUUCAGUUCCUUGAUAUGAGAAAUCUCAAGGAAGCUUACUUAACAAUUGAUGCUCAUAGGGGAUCUCUAACGGCCCUAGCUGUUCAUCGUCAUGCACCCCUUAUAGCAAGUGGUUCAGCUAAACAGCUUAUCAAAGUCUUCAACCUGGAAGGUGAGCAAUUAGGCACCAUAAGAUAUUUGUCCACCUUUAUGGCUCAGAAGAUAGGUUCGGUGAGAUGUCUUACCUUCCACCCUUAUCAAGUGCUGCUUGCUGCUGGAGCAGCAGAUGCUUGUGUUUCAAUCUAUGCUGAUGAAAUUGCCCCAACAAGAUAAUUCUCUGGAAACAUUCACCAUUGAGAAACAAAAAUGUUUACAAACAGCAGUUGAGGUGGUCAGGUGCAAAAAUGAACCGUUGACAUAUCUGAAACACUGAUCAGCUCAUUGAGGUCUUGUGCUACUUAUUCAUUGAGCCUCUGCAGCGACUAGUGUUGCCAAGUUGGAAAAAAUCAACAUAUUGGAGGAGGCCUUAGCAAAAUAAUUUGAUAAAUAGGUAAAGGAAGGUGUAAAUAUCCGUUAAUUCAUUGUUUCUAUUUUGUAAUUUUCUCGGUGUGCUUUAGUUGCCUACUUUCGUUAUCUCCCUAUGGUUCUUUGGUUCAAUUUGUACAGAACUACAUAAUUUAUAUAUGUUGUUGGCAGGCA